GAAAUGCCAGAAAAUGCAAAAUUAGGUGAUAUUGAUGAUGAUCAACAACCAAAUAAUUCAGUUUAUCAAUUUUAUUUUGCCAAAAUAGAGAAGUAUUACCUAAAUUCUGAUUUGGAAGUCGACCUAAAUAUAGCCAAGGACUUGAGGAAACAACUUCGAAAGGAGAAAACACGUUUGUUUAAUAGAAUACGACCCUUAAAGGAAAAAAUAAGUUUAUUGGAUCCAAACAAUAAAUUCAAUGGAAGAAAUAAAUGGUAUCGCCAUUAUUCCGAGCGUGAUAUCAAGAAAUACCGAACAUUACUGUUGAAGCAUUGGCCUGAGGCAAUUAAUGAAGACCUCGAAGAGGAAUCGAACCCGGACAUAGAAUUGGCUGAAAUCAUGGAAAGAAUUGAGAAAUUGAGAGUGCAAGUAGGUCAUGGGAAGACUAAUUGGGCGAUCGAGAAACAAAUCCUCAAAGAGCUUGAACCUCUUGAAAGAAGAAGGGAAUUGCUCGAGCCCGAAGUUAAACAAGCCAAUGCUAAAAUCCCGAAAGCAACUAGUCAUGAUGAACAUUGGCCCUAUAUUUAUGGUUAUGGUUAUGCUCGUUCUAAGUACGAUUUGAAACGCGAGAUUCGAAAAUGUGUGAAAAGAAUCAGGGAAGAAGUAGAUCCAAACUACGGGAGGAAUGAACAAAAACAGGCAGAAGUUGAACGACAAAUUUUUAAAAUACAGAAGCAACUUACACCUCUUGAAAAUAGGUACGACAUUGUGAAGCAAGAGGAAGAAAAGGCUACUACGACCAUUUUGAAACUUCAAAUUCAAAUGAAAGAGGAGAUUGCUCUUAACGAUAAGUUUUGCAAACUACAAGAAAAGGUCAAGGAGCUUGUAACAAAGAAAGAUCUGGUAUCACUUGAAGAAUUAUCUUGCAAAAACAACGAGGAGUUCAUGUCAAGAUGGACACACGACGACACGUUUAGAGCUAACUAUGCAACAAGCGUCCAACAAUCCCUUGCCAAUCGAGGCUUGAGCAAAGAUGGAAGACUGCAAGACCUCUCGGAAGUAAUAUAGCUACUUGACAAUGUUGGAGAAAUUUGUGCAAAACUAUUUUUAACUUUAAUUACUUGAACAAGUCUGUUAUUGUAUGAUAUUACUUCGUAUUAGCUAGCUUGCAUGAAUUUGAAACUGCAUGUAUAAUAAUU